AUGCUCAACAUCAACCUCUUCAAGUUCUGCUCCUUUCUCAGAGUCUUCGGCUACCUCAUGAUCCUCUUGUUCGCCGCCAUCGUUUCUCUCACUUACUACGCCGUCGUUUUCGUCACAUGGGGCCCACUCUUGUUUCCGUCGUUCUCAUUCUUAGCUUUCUUCAUUCUCCUCAUCUUUCACACUCUCCUUGUGCUGUUAACUUGGUCUUAUUCUAUGGCGGUUCUCAAAGAUCCAGUUCCGCCAACUUCCGGCGAAUUCGAAGAGGAGGUGGCGGUGGCAACAGCAACAUCUUCCGUUGGUUAUUGUACUCGGUGCCAAAGCGCCAGGCCGCCGCGUUGUCAUCACUGCUCUAUUUGUCAAAGGUGUGUUCUUAAGAUGGAUCAUCAUUGUAUUUGGGUGGUUAAUUGUGUUGGGGCACGGAAUUACAAGUAUUUUCUUCUCUUCUUGCUGUAUACAUUCCUCGAGACAACACUGGUUUGCUUAGCUCUGAUACCUAAUUUUAUUAGAUUCUUUGGGGGAACCAACUCAACCAAGACUCAUAAAUUGUCUCCCGGGGCCUUUUCUGCAAUUUUCUUGACUUCUAUUCUCAAUUUAGCCUUUGCGCUGAGUCUUCUCUGUUUCGUAGUUAUGCAUUUAUCUCUUCUGUUAAGCAACACAACUUCAGUAGAGGUUCAUGAGAAGAAAAAAGGAAUCAGGUGGAGGUAUGACUUGGGAAGGAAGAAAAACUUUGAGCAGAUUUUCCGUGCUUAUAAGUUACAAGAUUAA